AGAGAGCAGUGUGUCAGACCAGACUAGGACCGUCGGAACCAGUACGCUUCCUCUAUCUGGGACCAUAAAGACCCUUAAAAACAAGCCGUUAUAUCACGGUGACAGUGGGAUCAGUGGAGGAUUUGCCUUUCGCUAGAUCAGUCGGCGUCCUUUGAUUCUCUCCAGCAACACCCUUCCUAAAAUGGGGUGAUUGUGUUUGUUCAUCAUCCAAUAAUAUCUAACCUGGUACAAGCGCAGGACCACACGUCUCCUUAUGUCGGAAGAUUCAGACUCCAAGCCCUAUCGCUUCUCGGUGCUGGAGGACCAAGAUGGAGCAUCAUGCAGCUCCAUGCCAAGGGGGGCCUCAGGGUGCAGCUCCAUGGCACAGCUGCACCGGAUAGGUGGCUACAGCCAAGGCGGGCCUGACUUAGGCCUCCCCUCAGAGGGCAGCGACAGCAGCGGUCAGGACCCCCCCACCUCGCCGCACAAGCAUCGCAAAAAUGCCCGCUCCCGAUCGCUCCCCGAGGAGGAUGUGGAGAUGAAGAGCAGUGGGUCCAGCGGGAGUGGAACUGAAUCGCACAGCAAUGAAAGCCACGGGAACGAGAGUCAUGGCAAUGAGAGCCACGGGCAUGCGUCGAUGGGCAGCUCCAAUGGCACCAGUAAAGAUUCUGCACUGCUGGAAUCAUCUGAAAGCAACAAGAGCUCCAACUCCCACAGUCCAUCCCCUCCCAGCAGCUCAAACGCUUUCAGUCUGCUGAGCUCAGAGCAGGACAACCCCUCAACCAGUGGCUGCAGUAGUCAAGAGUCCGCCAAAGCCAAGACCCAGAAGGAGAUUAUGAAAACUCUGAAAGAGCUGAAACUUCACCUGCCUGCUGAGAAGAGACAUAACAGCAAGUCCUCCACAUUGAACACCCUCAAGUAUGCACUGCGCUGCGUUAAACAAGUGGAAGCCAACGAGGAGUAUUACCAGCUGCUGAUGUCCAAUGACAGUCAACCUUCAGGCCUGGACGUAUCCUCUUACACAAUAGAGGAGAUCGACAGCAUUACUUCUGAAUACACCCUCAAAAACAACGUCUUUUUUGCAGUAGCGGUGUCUCUCAUCACAGGAAGGAUAGUCUACAUUUCUGAUCAGGCUGCGUCCAUCCUCAACUGCAAAAGAGAGGUGUUCAAGAACAGCAAGUUUGUGGAGUUCUUGACGCCACAGGAUGUCAGUGUGUUCUACAGCUUCACGACGCCGUACCGCCUGCCCUCCUGGAGCAUGUGCACUGGAGCAGAGUCAUCCCCGCCUGACUGCAUGCAGGAGAAGUCCUUUUUCUGUCGUAUCAGUGGUGGUAAGGAGUGUGAGGGCGAUCUGCAGUACUAUCCUUUCCGCAUGACACCCUACCGGAUGAAGGUCCAAGACACAGUGCAUGCUGAAGACCAGUUCUGCUGCCUCCUGCUGGCUGAGAGAGUUCACUCUGGUUAUGAUGCACCCAGAAUUCCAACAGACAAGCGCGUCUUCACCACAACACACACUCCAAGUUGUGUCUUUCAGGAUGUGGAUGAGAGGGCGGUUCCUCUUCUUGGGUACCUCCCCCAGGACCUCAUUGGCACACCAAUCCUCCUCCACCUUCAUCCCAGUGACCGACCGAUUAUGUUGGCUAUUCACAGAAAGAUUGUUCAAUUUGCAGGACAACCAUUCGACCACUCGUCUAUCCGGUUCUGUGCGCGGAAUGGGGAAUACCUCAUUCUGGACACCAGCUGGUCUAGUUUCGUCAACCCCUGGAGCCGCAAGGUCUCCUUCGUUAUCGGAAGACACAAAGUGCGCAUGGGCCCUGUGAAUGAGGAUGUUUUUGCUGCCCCAGUCUCCACUGACAGAGAGCUAAGGACAAUGGACUCGGACAUCCAGGAGAUUACUGAGCAGAUCCAUCGGCUCCUGCUACAGCCAGUCCAUAACAGUGGGUCCAGUGGCUACAGCAGUCUGAACAGAAAUGACCAUCUUGUUGGCAUGAGCUCCUCCAGCGAGAGCCUCAACAACGGCAAUGCAAGCAAGAUCCGACAAGAGGAGGAGGAAAUUAGCGGCAAAGCUAGACCGCGAACUUUCCAGGAAAUCUGCAAAGGAAUACAUCUUCAGAAGAGUCAGGAGCAGCAGACAACCAAGCUAGACAUCAAGAAAAGCUACGGCAUAGAGUCCGUACAGAAGAGCUCAGCGGUGGUGCGACUCAAAGACUCAGCAGCUCCCCUUAACUGGAUGGAGACUGGGGCCGCCAUGGACGAGAGGAGGCCCUUUCCCCAGGAGGAAAUGGCCCUUAAUGAUCAGACCGCCUACUCCUACCAGCAGAUCAGCUGUCUGGACAGUGUUGUCAGGUACUUGGAGAGCUAUAGUGCUCCCCUCACAAUGAAGAGGAAGUGCCAGUCUUCCUCUACCACCACUUCCUCUAACUCAGAUGAGGAUAAACAGAAACCCGACGGCAUGCAGGUGUCUGAAGAACCCGCCUUGUUGAAGGAUCGAGACAAAAAGUCCAGUGACGCGGCCACAGCGGUAGUGGGCACUUCGAUGCCCCUACCUGUACCUAGCAAACCAGAAAGUGUGGUGUCCAUAACCAGCCAGUGUAGCUACAGUAGCACUAUUGUGCAUGUUGGGGACAAGAAACCUCGACCCGAGUCAGAGAUGAUAGGGGAUGUCCAAGGAACAGGAGAGACGGUAGAAUCCAGCCAAAGUCCCGGGGCUCCUCUUUCUGUUGUUUCACCUCCCAGUCAGGAGAAGGAGUUCUAUAAGAAACUGGGGUUAACCAAGCAGGUUUUGGCAGCCCACACGCAGAAGGAAGAGCAGACCUUUCUGUAUCGCUUCAGGGAGCUUCGAGGACUCACAGCACUCAAAGAAAACUGCUCUCAGUAUCUGAAACGCCAGAAAGAACAUGUCGCCGGCGAAGCUGCACCCGUUGCACAAUCCUCCAAGCAGGGUGCGCGGCGAGGCACACGGAAUAAGAAGACCAAGUCAAAGAGAGCGAAGCAGAUGGAGUCCUCAGAUAGCACGGUGUCCCAUCACAGACAACAGCAUCUGCGGCCACGUCUUCAAAACCAUGGACUUAACCCGACCUCUUGGUCUCUCUCUGACACCUCUCAGUCAACGUUCCCCAUGGCCUAUCCCUCUGUGAUGCCCGGCUACCCCCUCCAGGUUUACCCCACAGCCGGCUCCAUAGCUCCCCACACAGACGCCACUCUCCAAGGCUUUGGGGACAAUCAGGGCAAGCAGGCCCCUCCCUGUCCUGCAGCCAUCCAUCCUCCUCCGUAUACCGCCCCCAUGGUCACACCUAUUGUGGCUCUAAUGCUGCCCAUACCCUACCCUCCAAUGGGCCCCGGACUGCCACCUCCACAGCCAGUGUACCACGCAACAACUGGCGGCUUCCCCACCCAGUUGCAGCCUUUCGGUCAGGCUGCUUUUCACACCCAGGGCCCCUUCACAGCCGCACCCUCCUUCAGUGUUCAGAACCAGUUCAACCCCCAGAACCACUCAGCUCUUCAAGCAGGCUUCUUGACCCCGAUGUUCAACUUCCCUCCAUCCUCCGAAGCGCCAAAGGCCCCCGUGAUGGAGGGCCAGUCUCGCUCCUCUACACCACAGUCUGGAGGAGGCGGAGGCCCGGCGUCCCCACCCCUGUUCCAAUCCCGCUGCAGCUCACCCCUCAACCUGCUGGAGCUGGAGCUGUCUGUGGACCGGCAGGAUAGCACAGCGCUCUCCUCUGGAGGACAAGGGAAUAACACAACGGAAAGGGAGAAAGCAAGCAGCAGCCAGGCCAAGAAGAGGGAGUUGAAGCAGCCAUCUCUCAGUCUCCUUGGUCCACCUGGACCGUUGUAUUACGAGAGCUCGCCCUGUGUCUGUGAGCGUAUGUCUUGGGAUAAAGUGAUCCCUAGGCUGAGGGCUUGCAGCAAAGAGGCCAGUUCACAAGGGUACGGGAACAACAGUGAUGCCAACUCUUUGUCGAGCGACCUGUUGGACAUUAUUCCAGAUGAGGACUCCUGCUCAGGCACCGGCUCGGCGACCUCGGGGUCCCUCGGCUCAGGGUCCAACGGCUGUGGAACUUCAGCCAGCGGGACGUACAACAGCGGGACAUCAAAGAGCAGGAUGUCAGCCAGUGGGACAUCCGGCAGCGGAACAGGAAGCAACAACAGCAGUAAAUACUUUGGCAGCAUUGACUCGUCACAGAACAGCCAGAAGGUCAAAGAUCACUCGAGCACUGGCGAAGGAAACCCCAUGGAGAUGGAGCAGAGCGAACAGUUCAUCAAUGACGUCCAGCGAGUGCUCAGAGAGGACCGAGAGAAGCUGAGGCUGCUGCACCAGAACCAGCCGCGCUUUUCAGAGGAGCAGAGGAAAGAGCUGAUGGAGGUGCACCCCUGGAUGAAGAAGGGAGGUCUGCCCAAGGCAAUAGACAUCAAGGCGUGCUACUGCUGUAACAUCACCUCAGAGGAAGCAGCGGCGGUGGCGGAGGAUCAGACGCACCUUGACAUGGGCGAUACAGACACAGGGGAGGACUGCCGCCAUCCGAGGCCCAGAGAGGGUCCCUCGAAUAUUUCCUGCCCCUGCCCCUCCAGCUCCAGCUAGAAAAUGAACUGCUCCAGACUUUCAUAGUGACAUUCAUCACCCGCCAGCCUCUUGUUCUGUACGACUGUGAAGAGGGACCUGCUUUACAUGAGGCAUCACACUGUCUCUGUCUUGCUCUCUAAAUGUCAGAGAAACAGUCAAAACUUUGGAAGAAUGUGAAUAUGCACGUGCUGGACUCUGUGACUAUGUAUUUUCUCAUUAUUUCUUUUCUUUGUAGCACUUAACAAAGCGCAGCAAAUGCACUAGUCAGGAGAUGCUGAGCCCAUUAAGUGAAACACAAUAUGUGCUCAUACAUCAGGCAGCACAGUCAAACACGUCAAACACACACAUACCUUCAUUCACAUGGCAGGAAGUGGCUCUGUGGUGUUCUCACUGCUGCGGUAAAUGGAUGAAUUCAGCGUUUUGUGACGUGCUUUCCUCAGUUACAACAACCCUCUGCUACGUCAGCAUGUGGCAAGAACACUCCGGUCAUGCAUAACCGUCAAGCACCAAACGAACGCACAAGUGCACUUUUUGGCCUCACUGAAAGAAAAGGGGGAAACAUGAGUGAGACUCCUGUGCUUCUGCUCUUUUUGCAUUUAGUCACAAAUUUAAAUGCAAAAUUGCUCAUGUUUACAGCAGUGAGCAGACAUGGACUCACCGUCACGGGCUAUAGCUUUUCAACACCUCCAUCCCCACUGUUAAACAAACUCAAAUUCUUCACUUAAGUACUGAAAAGACAGUACAAUAAAGUGCAAAAAGUACAAUAUUUUCCUCUUAAAUUAAGUGAAAUAUGAUAGAAGUAUUACAGAAGAGAAUAGAGGCCAGACACGAAGAAAAGUAAGAGAAAAAAUCUUGAAAUUAAAUUUGAAAUGUUGAGAAUAAUGUAAAAAAUGCUUAGUGUUACUGCCAGACCUAGGAAAAAAUAAAUCAGAGAAGGAUUAAAGAUUAGAGAUUAAAGUCGAACUUUUGAGCCGACGUCAUUCUCAACAUCUAAACUUUAUUCUUUGCAUUUUGACUUUAUUUUAAAAAUGCACAAAAAAACUUCUUAGAUAAAGUUAGACUUUAUUCCCAACAUUUCAACUUUAUUUUUUGUAAUGCAAAUAACUAAUAUCUUGCAAAACAAUUGGGAUUUUUCACUUAUACCUGUCCCUAGUAUUCUUUUGUAAAGUAUAAAGUAGCAUAAAUUGGAAAAUUACAUACUUUACUGAUUAUCCCCAGGCAGGAUGGAGGCGGUGAAAACAUUUGAGACUGCACUCAGAAAAGGGCAAUCAGGUGAAACACAUACUGUAAAGCUACAUGUACUCACAACCCCAUCAUGUUGUAUUGUUUCUGCAAAUUUGUCAUUCAAAAUUUGCAUUUUUCAAGCCCCCUAUGUUACUGCUAAUGCAGCUUUAGGAUUUUCCUCUCUGUGCAUAUUUCCAUUUAGUCUCUGUUUCAGUUUCAGCUGUGAAAACUGGUUUAUUUAAUGCAUUUUCAAUGCUUGUGUGAAUGUUUUCAAGUCUUUGACUGAGUGUAUAUACAUUUUUUUACGUACAGUAAUUGUUUCUGUAUAAAGAGAUUUUUGAUUAUAAAUUAUUUAUGGAAAAUCCAGCUUAAAGAAAAAAGCAGGACCAAGAUGAAUAAUAUUUACUGUAAAUACUAUUUUUUAAAUGUGAGUUGUUGAAUCAACACAAAGACGAAUCCACCCAUGGACUGUAAAAUAGGAAAGUAGCAUGUUGUUUAUGGUGGGUGAUAAAUAUAAAGUGAGGAGAAUAUUGAUGUUUUCCCCCAGUUUUAAAAGUGUGCCACAUAACACUUGAAAUGGUCUGAUGUUGCCCCCCAUAAAUAUGGAAAAGAGCCUCCUGAGCAUCCUGUGGAAGUGUCUGAAGCUCAUUACCGUUUUGUGUGGUCACCUCAGAAGUCGAAGUUUAGGGUUAUUGCACGGAUAUAAAGCAGCUCAGACAGAUGUCAAGUGACUGUGUGGAGCGCUUCCCUUCACUUUGAAGCUCGUCGUUCGAGACGAAACUGUGCUCUUCUUGAACAUUUACUCAAUUUGUCAUUUGUCUUUCUGUUAUUUGAACAGACACUGACAACAAUGCAACUUUUUUGUUUUUCUUUCAAAUAUUGUCUUAUGUUUGUUAGAUUUUCGCUAAAUAAAAUGUUGCUGAAUUUACAGUCA